UUCUUUGUCACAAUUUUCUCCCCGUCUCUUGUAUCCUACGUUGCUUUCUCAACUCGCGCCUUGUUGAAAGCUUGCCGCCGUUAAAGACUCGUAGCCGUCAAAGGCUCGCCGCCGUCGAAGGCUCGUCGCCGUUGAAGACUCACCGAAGGCUUUUCCGCAUUCUGUCGUCGCCGAACUGUCGGCUCUACCACCAUCGUCGAAGCAGCACUCAGUAGAGCUCAGCGCUGAAACACCGGAGGAGAAGGCUUCAGUAUUGGAGAAAGAAAUGAGCUUGAAAGGAAGGGAAACUCUUGAUGUGUUGAAAGAAUUGGCUGGACCGUGAGCAGUAUAUUGCACUAUAAAAAUAGUUCAAUGAACUGCACUGCACUAUAAGCGAACUAAAAAAUAGUUCGGUUAAUUCAGUCCAGUUUUCCUAAACUGAUUUAUAGUUAACUAUAAAUUUUUACAGUGCAGUACACUAUAGGACAGUUUGCCCACCCCUACCUAUACCUGCCAUCUCAGUCUAACGCAACGCAUCAUCUUCGACGACCAAUGAACCGUAUUCCGAUUUGAAUCUGUUUUCCGAUGUUGGCCUUCUCCAAGUUCAGGAAAGCAGCGGAGGUCUCAUGCGUAUUCCGUCGAAUCCAAAAGCCUCCCACAUACCUCCGAAGAUUUUCCCUUUCGUCCGAGGAAUCUCCUUCUUCGGACCCGCAGUUUUCCCUUCGUUUAUGCAUCUUGCUUGCCCUCAAGUUCGAUUCCUUAUCCACCAUCAAAUACCGUGCUUUGGUGAGUGCGGUCCUUUGCACCAACAACUGGUUUUCUCUUUACUGGGAGGCCCUUGAAUAUCUCAAGAAAUCCGGAGUCUUGAUAACUUCUGAUUCGGUUUGUGUUUUGAUUUGGGCCUAUUGGCGAGUGGGUCUGAUCGAGAAGGCUAUAGAGUCGUUUGGUAGAAUGGGUGAGCUUGGGUGCAUGCCCGAUGCUCGUGCCUAUAACACCAUUUUGGAUAUUGUGUUUCAGAAAGAGUUGUUUGUGUUGGGUUUUGCGGUAUAUAAUCUGAUGCUUAAGUCCAACUGUUGUCCUAAUGAACGCACUUAUGGCCGGCUGAUUGGAGGGUUUUGUAGAAGUGAUGAUGUUAAUGGUGCUCUUGAGAUGCUCGAUGAGAUGCGCCAAAGGGAUUUAGAGCCGAGUGUGAUGACAAUUUUAGCUAUUUUUUCUGGUCUGUGUCGUGUGGGGAGGGUACAUGAGGCACACAGAAUGUUUAAUGUGAUGAGAGAAAGUGGGCGCAAGCCUAAUUUUAUGUCUUAUUGUGUUUUGUUUAAUGGGUAUUGCAAGAUGGGGAGGUUAGAUGAAGCUGAUUCGAUUCUGCAAUUGUUAGAGAGAGACAGGUUACCCCUUAAUUUAAAGGGCUACAGUCAUCUGAUUGCUGGCUUUUUUAGGGAAAGGAGAUACAAUGAAGCGCAUUCGUGGUAUGGAAGGAUGCUAAAGGAGGGUAUUGUUCCAGAUAUUGUUUUGUACACAAUUAUGAUACGGGGUUUGUCGAGUGAGGGCAGGAUUGGUGAGGCUGUGGACAUGUUUUUUGAGAUGACCCAGCGAGGCUUAGUUCCCGAUGCUGUUUGUUACAAUGAAGUUAUUAAAGGUCUCUGUGACGCUGGUCUUUCGGAUCAAGCAAUAGCUCUCCAACAUCAAAUUUCUGAGCAUGAAGGGUUUCAUAACGUUUACACGCAUACCAUUCUCAUAUGUGACAUGUGUAAGAGAGGAAUGAUUGCCGAGGCACAAGAAAUAUUUAAUCAGAUGGAGAAGGCUGGAUGUUUACCUUCAGUUGUAACCUUCAAUGCUCUUAUACAUGGACUGUGCAAGGCUGGUAAACUGGAGGAGGCACAACUCAUGUUAUACAAGAUGGAGAUUGGGAGAAGUCCUUCAUUAUUCUUCCGGCUUACUCAGGGUUCUAAUCAGGUUUUAGAUGGUGUUAGUCUCAAGAAAAAGGUGGAGCAAAUGUGUGAAGCUGGACAGAUUUUGGAAGCUUACAAGCUUCUCACACAACUUGCUGAUAGUGGGGUUGUGCCUGACAUUGUGACGUACAAUAUUCUGAUCUACGGCCUUUGCAGAGCUUCUAAGGUUGAUGGUGCGUUAAAGCUUUUCAUGGAUAUGCAGAAAAAGGGUCUAUCACCUGACUCUGUUACUUAUGGGACAUUGAUUGAUGGGCUUUUCAGGGUUAAAAGAGAAGAAGACGCCCUGAAGAUGUAUGACCAUAUGUUAAAGAAUGGAUGCCAACCUAGCUUUGAAGUUUAUAAAGCACUUAUGACUUGGUUGUCUAGAAAUAGGAAGGUCUCACAGGCUUUCAGUUUUUAUUUGGAUUUUUUAAAGAACGUUCGUGGCAGGGAAGACAAUUCAAUCAAUGCUUUGGAGGGAUAUUUUGUCAGAGGAGAAGUAAAACUUGCAAUUCAAGGUUUACUAGAACUGGACUUCAGGUUUAGAGAUUUUAAUUUAGCUCCAUAUACAAUUCUACUUAUUGGAUUUUGUCAGGCAAAACAAUUAGAUGAAGCAUUGAUUAUAUUUUCUGUUCUCAAUAAGUUCAAUAUCAAUAUCAAUCCUCCAAGCUGUGUGUAUUUGAUCAAAGGUCUCUGUACAAAAAGAAGGCUGGAUGAUGCAGUAAACAUCUUUCUUUACUCUCUUGACAAAGGUUUUAUGUUAAAUUCAAGAAUUUGUGAGCAGCUCAUCAAGUGUUUAUUUUGUUCCCCAGACAAAAGGGGUUAUGCUAUUCAUCUUCGUCGUAGGAUGGAGUCUGCUGGAUACCAUUUAAAUAAUCUGUUAGAGAUUAAAUAACACUGACCGAUCAAGAUGAAUGAAUUGCUUGAUUCAGCGCUUUGCACAUCCCCAUCAAGUAAAGAGAAGAUACUAUGAAUCAGGAGACUCAAUAUUCUUUCUAAUGAGCCAAAGUGCUCAUGUUGCUGGGGAAAUUUCUUUUGCUUUGACAUUUGGCGUGCUUGUCACACUUGCUGAGUGAUCCUUCGCAUCAGACAUUUUUGGGUUUCUUGUUUGUUGUAUGCUUCAUUACAUUUCUCCCUCGGUAUUUUCAAAAGCUUUUCUGGCUAACCUUAGCAUGGAGGAGGGAAAGAAGACUGCCAUUGUCCAUGUUGUAGACCAGCAGGCAAAGGCGAAUUUCUUAAGGACAGUCACUAUGUGAUUCUGAAUGAGAACUUGCUAUGAAUAAAAUUUCAUGGGGUUCCAAAUGGAUUCCAGGUCUUUUUCACAUUUUAACUUGAAAUGAUCAAAUUUAGUGAUGUUUAGAGAAUUACCUGUUUAUAUAUCAAAGGAAGACAUUUAGUUUAUUACUUAAGAAUAACAUAUCAAAAGCUAGGUUUAGUUUUUUAUUUCUAGGUUGCUUAUUGUUAUGAUUUUCUUUGCAAAUGAGAUGUAUGCGCAGACUGAUGAUUGCUUAUGUAACCUCAUGUUCUGAUGUC